GAACGGCUGGGGACCCUGGGUGCCCGUGUGGGCGAGUCUGGCCAAGAGCAUCCUAGGGCCGCCCUGCCACCCCUCCUCCCUGAUGCGGAAAGUAUUUGUAGAGCAGCUGUCUCGUGCCAGGUCUUGUGGGCAGAUUGGGUGCAUGGAUUUCUAGCCCUCUUGGCAUUCAUGGUUUGGUGGGGAAACACGACAGGACAUGGCGCAAGGGCUAUGAGAGUCCAGCGGGUCGGGGGUGCACCUGGGAGGGCUUCCAGGAGGAGGCGGUGUUUUCCUGGAGGCCCGAGGGGAGGCUUGCAAGACAUACUGAACUGUUACUUGUUGUUUAGGUGAAUUUGAAUUUCAUCGGGCAUCCUGUAUUUUUAUUUGCUAAAUCUGGCAGCCCUACCUGACAGAGGAGUAGGAGUUGAGAAUGGUUGGGGGUGGUUUAUGCGAGAUGUGGAGAGCAUUUCAGACAGAAGGAAUGGCGUGUUCUGGGUCUGGAGGCAUCAAGUGUGGCAGCUCUGGGGCCCUGUAAACCCCAAGGGGCAGGAGUGUGGAGGGGGUGUGUGGCGAGCCAGAGGCUUUGCAGCUGUCCCUCAGAAGGGCCGGCUGACCUGCAGGGCAGGGCCCCAGCCGGAGGGGACCCUCUGGGGCCAGUCUUUGGACACAGUUACCGAGAAGGAGGUCCAGCAGUGGUACAAAGGCUUCAUCAAGGACUGCCCCAGUGGGCAGCUGGACGCGGCGGGCUUCCAGAAGAUCUACAAGCAGUUCUUCCCGUUUGGAGACCCCACUAAGUUCGCCACGUUUGUUUUCAAUGUCUUUGAUGAAAACAAGGACGGGCGGAUUGAGUUCUCCGAGUUCAUCCAGGCGCUGUCGGUGACCUCGAGGGGAACCCUGGACGAGAAGCUGCGGUGGGCCUUCAAGCUCUACGACUUGGAUAACGACGGCUACAUCACCAGGAACGAGAUGCUGGACAUUGUGGAUGCCAUUUACCAGAUGGUGGGCAACACCGUGGAGCUGCCAGAGGAGGAGAACACCCCCGAGAAAAGGGUGGACCGGAUCUUUGCCAUGAUGGACAAGAACGCCGACGGGAAGCUGACGCUGCAGGAGUUCCAGGAAGGCUCCAAGGCAGACCCGUCCAUCGUGCAGGCGUUGUCCCUCUAUGACGGGCUGGUAUAGUCCAAGGCCCAGAGUGGGAUGCCUGGGAACCACUCGCCUCCUCCCGUGCCAUGAGGCCGCCUCCGCCCCGACGCCACCCUCCCGUGCCCAUCCCGCCUUUCUCCGCAUCCACACCCGGCCGGGCUGCCCCGGGACGGCGAGGCCCGGCUCUCCUCUGCCCUGCCCCGCACACACCCGCCGCCUGAAGCCACCGGCUCCAAUUGCCAACAUCCUUUGCUUGUCCAGAAAACACCACCACGGAUGGGAAAAGGCUUCCAGCCCUCUGCAAAACCAAGGACUCGGCUGCUUCGCAGGCAGCCUCUCGGUCCCUCCUGCUCUCCUGCGUGUGUGCUUUUUUUUUUUCUAAUUUCAAAUAGACAAUUGAAAAAGGAAAAACAAACAAACAAACAAACUACCUUCUGUCCUAGAAGAUUCAGACUGACAGAUGGGGAGAAGGCCUCGGGGAGAACUCUGCCUCCCGCCUCGACCUUUGCAGCCGGAGAACCCACUGCGGUCAUGGCCUCGGCCACGGUCCCUCGGGGCUGUGGCGCGGGGCGGGGGGCGCCUGCCUGCCGAACGGGGUUUGUCGUCUCAUCCUCGAGCAGCCAAACCACCUGUGUGGCUAGGAUGAUGAAUUACGAUGAUGCUGAUUUUUUGUGAUAACAGUAUUGUGCUAUUUGUGGGAAAAGUGAGGGUUUUUUUUUUUAUAUAUAUAUACCUAUCUAAUUGAUCUCUUUUAUUUAUUGGUUGUUAACUGUUGCUGCUGCCUCGUGUGUCCAGCGCUCCGGGGAUGCGGAGCCCACCGUUUACACGUGCUUGGGAGGAUGGUGGCUGGCAGCGGCCAAGAAGCCAAAAACCUUUUUGUUUUCUUCUUUUGAGAUACUGUGCUUCAUGUUUGGAGAGGGGCAAGGUGGGCUUCUGAAAUGGCUAAUGCACUGUUCCCCCAGCCCGAAUGUCUCCUCUUUAGAACUCUUUCUCUGCCCCCAGUUCCCACAUCUCUCUGUCCCGUGUUGUCCUCUGGGUCCAACAGGGACCAUCUCUCAGUUUCUCGGCUCUCGCUUUGGUGUUGGCGGUGACGUGGGGGAUGGCGGGGCUUGUGCUGAGCCUGGGAGCCAGGACAGGGGCCUGGGUACCUAAGGAGCGAGGGAAGAGGGGGUGACAGGUGUAAAGGCUGCCUCUCCGUCCUUGGCGGCUUUUGAGAAUAGGGGCUCCCGCCUUCCUGCUCCCUCAUCCAGUGUGGACAGUAUCCCUCUGCCCUUCCUUCUUUUAGCUCAAAAGCUGGGAAGGAGCAGGGAGAGAAGGGACUUGGAGAAUCCUGUUCACGUAGCUUCUCGGGCCGUGGCCCAUGUGUGUUCACAGGAAGCUUCUAGCCCUGCCUGCCGCUGAGACAGGGCAGCCUCAGAACUGUCGGCAGGAAAGCCAGAUGACUUUGGACCAGGAACUAGGUGCCCAAGGCUGGCCCUUUGCUCUGUGCCUGGGGGCACGCCCCUGCCCUCUCUGGGCCCCAGCUGCCCCAGCCGCAGAGCCAAGAAGCCUGGACUGGCGGAUCUGAAGGCUCUCCUCUGGUUGAUGCUAAUUCUAAGCUUGGGUUUCCUGCAGUUGGUGAUUCUGCGGUCUGUGGCUGAGUUUCCUGAGCCCAGCAGAUGUGGGCACUGUCUGGGUUGCUGUUUUGUCCCUUGGCAUGAAUCUCCAGGGACAUGGCAGCCGCUGGUCGCGGUGUGUGGGUUCAGAUGACACAUCUGGUCCCUCCCCGCGGUGCUUCCUGGUUCCUCCUGCCCUCGGGAGCUAUUUUGCAGCCCCAAGCUCGACCUCACCCAGGGAAGGCUUCCAGCGGGAGAAGCAGUCUCCCAGAAUGUGCAGGGCCGGGCCGGAGUCUAGAAUCCCUGCUUCUCCUUUGCAAAGUCAGCAUCCAUCUUUUUCUGCUCAUCGCGGCCCCAGGAGAGGAGAAGCUGGCCCUCGCCCCAACUUGGAAUUUUCUUUGGCGUCCAUUUUGCUCUUCCCCAGGAGGCCAGAGCUUCUCUAGCUCGUGAGUCCUCAGCCAGCAGACCCUCUGCCUGAGAGCAGCUCUGCCAGUGGGGGGCUCGUGUGUCCGCUCCUGUAGGCUGGACUGCGAGGCCAGCCCUUACCUCUUCCUUCUUGCGUUCCUUCGCGGGCCCUCUGGCUGCCCUCUGCCUCCAAUGGAAGCCCCCCCCCCGCCCCCUACCCCUAAUCCUGCAGAGACAGGUGCAGUAGUUCCAUUUUCACAGGCGACUUUGAAGCCUGGGUUCUUUGAGGCCCCUGCAGUCACCGACCUGCUCCGGCCGCUGGCCCAGGAGGCCCAGGACUCACCACCAAAUCCCGCAGUUCCUCAGCCUGGCUCUGACCUGGGGCCCUAGGGCAGGAGGUGAGCUUGGUGGCUUGGGGCCGGCGGGGAGAGGGGAGCGGGGCCUUCCUCCAGGUCAGCUGACUUCUCUGGCCUCCGCCUGAGCCUCGAUUUGCCUCUCCGGCCCAGUGGGCAGGGGCUGUCGUGCAGCCUGCCCUGGAGGCAUCGCGGUAAAGGGCUUGCGGCCGAGAAUGAGCCAGGGUUAAGCAUGCGGGGCCCGCCAGCUGAGGCGUCCGUCCCCAGGCAUCCAGGGAGAUCUGCGUGCAAGGCUUCCCUCCCACCUCCUCGCCUUUUGGCCUUUUGUUUUGGAGCCAUGGGUGUGGCUUUUGGCCUUAGCUGGCAGUACCAUGGAUGCACGCCCCAGGCACACCGAGUCCACCCCCGGAGACGGUCCAGAGCUGCCAGUCGGAGGCCGCUCUUCUUCCUGGCAGGGUGCUGGACACUGGCCAUUUUUGCCCAAGGUUGCUGGCAGGGGGCAGUUCUGUCCCCUCCUCUGACCGGAUCUCUAGCUGCAGCACCCUGGGAGCCCUGAGCAGCCUGUGGGCCUCGCUCCUCAGCCCCAUGUUGCACCUGAGGCCCACCCCCAUCAGCUGCUGCUCUCUGGGGCUGCCUGAUCAGCCGGGAGCCAGGCUCUCUGUCCCUCUGCUGACCCUUGCUCUCCAGCCCAGGAGCAGGGACCAGCCUUGGGCAGCCCAUCUGCAGUGGCCCUGGUCUCUUUCUCACCGUGUCCGCUGCUCACUCCGUGUUGAUGGUACUUAGAGAACGCCGCGAGUUUGUAGUAUUUCACCAGGCAAUGUUUAGAGUCGUGUCGAAAGGCAAACCUGUGUGUCCUCUUUCCCUGAAACGCUUUUCAUUUUGACAGCCAACUGCCUAGAUGACAGAUGCACCUGGGCUUUCGGGGACAUUGUGUCUUCUCUAGGGGGUUGGGGGAUGGGAAGAGGCAGAAAAAGCCCCACUGCUCACCUAGAGGAAAGCCACCUGAUUCCCAGCGGUUUCAGUGUCUAAGGGAUGGAAGGGAAGGCGGGCACGCCCCCUGGUGGCGAUGAGCCGUGACGGCAUGUGGGGGCCCUGACCUGCCGCAUAGGUGAUUUGAGAGGGGAGGCUGCGGAUGGGGAGGUGAAGAGGGGGCUGUGAUCUCACCCAGACCCUGGGCUUCCUGCCCCACCUUUUGGCAGCAUGUCUCCCAGACGCCUCUCUUCCUGAUCAACCCCGGGGGAUGGCAAGUGAAUUAGCAUCAAAGGCGCUGUGAUGAGAAGCCUCGCCCCACCCUUUUUUAAUAUCUGCGGAAUAAACGCAAUGGUUGAUUUUUGAACGAAUAAAAGGCUUUUGUUGAAUAAACAGCUCGUCCCAUCUUCUGUCUUGGCAUCUAGGCAUUGCAGGCUUUGUCUCCCCCAGAUCGGGACAAACGCAGAAUCCCCAGUAGGUGGUACAUUUCUGUUUUCGUGCGUCCUUGUCACGGGCUCCCAGUCUGACUCAGUGACCGGCGCUCUCCAGGAAUCUGGGCAAGUCGCUUCUACUCAUUGGGACUCAGUGUCUCCAUCCGUCAGAUGGGAGUGAGUCUGCUCAGCCCAUGUCGCAGGGCCAUUGUGGGGAGCAGCUAUGAGCCGUAUCAUCAUCAAAGCCUUUGGCCAAGGUGAAAGGCCACUGUGGCCAUCUGAAUUGUCACGGUGCCCCCACCCAGAGCCUGUGACUGUGGAAUGGAUUUUGAGCAACUGUUACUGCGGAAAAAAAAAAAAAAAAAAAAAAAAA